GAAGGGUUCUUCUUCUCCAUUGUCAUUCCACCUGCUUGCUUAUUGCAGAAGAGAUGAAACCUCACGCUGUUUUCAUUCCAGUCCCAGCACAAGGUCAUGUAACUCCGAUGAUGACACUUGCUAAGCUUUUCCACUCCAAAGGAUUUCAUGUAACCUUUGUCAAUACAGAAUUCAAUCACCAGUGGUUAAUAAAUUCCAGAGGAGCUGAUUCUGUAAAAGGUUUACCUGACUUCCGGUUCUAGACAAUCCCCGACGGUCUUCCUCUACCUGAAGAUUUAAAUGCUACUCAAUACGUUCCAGAUCUCUUCCGCGCUCUCAGAGACAAUAUGCUAUCACCCUUUCGGGAUCUAGUCAAAAAGUUGAACGACAACAGCAAGAAAAGUUUAUCGUCAACAUCUUCUGAGGACAUCCUACCUCCUGUUACAUGCAUCAUUUCGGAUGGGAUGACGCGUUUUGCUCUCAAAGUUGGUGUGGAAUUGGGUAUCCCAGUAGCUCAAUUCUGGACUGCUAGUGCAUGUGGACUCAUCUGUUACUUACAUUUUGCUCGACUCAUCGAAAGAGGUCUAGUACCACUGAAAGAUGAGAGUGAUCUAGCAAAUGGGUACCUAGACACCAAAAUUGACUGGAUACCGGGAACGAAAGAUAUCCGUUUAAGGGAUUUUCCUGGUUUUGUUCGGACCAUGGAUAUAAGCGACAUCAACUUUGACUAUUAUAUAACAGAACUUGCAGGCAUGAAUGAAGCUACAGCUUUGAUUAUCAAUACGUUUGACGCUCUAGAGAAGGACGUUUUGGAUGCACUCAAGUCUGAUCAGUUAUCGCUACCUCCUCUUUACACAGUUGGUCCUAUACACCAAUUACUUCACCAUGAUGUCACAGGAGAAAGUAUGAAAAACAACUCAGGUCCAAAAACAACGUCUAUAGGGAUCAAUUUAUGGAAAGAAGAAACUGAAUUUCUUAAAUGGCUUGAUUCGAAAGAACCCAAAUCAGUUGUCUAUGUUAACUUUGGAAGCAUCACUACAAUGACAGCGCAACAGCUUAUCCAGUUUGCUUGGGGAUUAGCUAAUAGCAAACACCCUUUCUUAUGGAUAGUUAGAUCGGAUAUUGUAAAAGGAGACACCACAACAUUGCCACCGGAGUUUGCAGAUGAAACCAAAGAAAGAGGCCUCUUAGCUGGUUGGUGUCCACAAGAAAAAGUAUUAAAUCAUCCGUCUGUAGGCGCAUUUUUGACACACAGUGGUUGGAAUUCAACAAUAGAGAGUGUUUGUGGGGGAGUUCCGGUGAUCUGUUACCCGUUUUUCUCUGAACAACAUACGAAUUGUAGGUACUCGUGUGUUGAUUGGGGAAUCGGAAUAGAGAUUGAUCAUAAAGUGACAAGAAUUGAGGUUGAGAAGUCGGUGAAAGAACUACUGGAAGGAGAAAAAGGCAAGGAAAUAAAGCACAGAGCCAUGGAAUGGAAACAAAAGGCCGAAGAUGCCAUUUCACCUGGUGGCUCCUCCUUUGCCAAUCUAAAUCAAUUAGUUAAUGAAUUGUUAGAAACAAGUAAGCAAUCAGGAGGAAUAAGAACCGGUAGUGUCGCCUAGGAAAAAGAGUGUGUCGCCUAGCUGUAUGGUCGCCUAAUGAAAAGCGUGUAGAUGUGUCUCGCCUAGCUGUACGCAUUUUUAGCCAUCAUAAUUCUCAUGAUCCGCAUGGUUUUCA